AUUGGUGGCGGAGAGCAACUCUGCAGCUGGUUGGGCGGCAGAGGAGCCGCUCGUGGAGACUGUAAGUUCGGCUGCUCCAGAGUGCUAAAUUUAUCUUCAGAGGAGCGACCGCGCCAGCCGCGAACCGGAUCUCUCUGGAGGUGGCAUAGGCGAUAUCCCUGAGCCGAGAGCAUCACCCUGUCCCCGAAUCCUUCUUCCCUCUGUUUUGUUUUUCAUUCCCCUCUCCCUCCUUCCCCUCUUCCAGUCCGCGACGACUGGCUCUUGACCCUGUUCAGGCCUCGGUGAAGGCUUUUGGUUACUCCCUUUCCACCCCAUCCCUUAAUUUUAUUCUUUUGAAGAAUCUGCAUUUCAAGCUGCCAAGGUGGAGAGUGUGAUUGCAGAAGGGAGUACUCCUCAUUUCAGCUUUAUUUUUAUGUGAUAAUCUACGUUUAAGAAAAGGUGUGCCAUACCUGAGAGCACCAGGAAGUCGAAUGAGAAAUCACCUGAUACACGAACGUGUGAUGUUCCAUCUGCGCAUUGAUGCAUAGGCAGCAUUUACAAAUUAACUGAUGUGUUGCUCUAUAUCAUCUCUUUGAUGAUUGCUCAUCUUCUGUGUAUCCUGUCGUAUAAUUUCAACACAUUCGUGAUACUCGAUGUUUAUUCUAAAUUAACCAUGUUUUGUACUACAAACACAUUGCCUAUGGAUCUGUUGCUGAAACAAGGAAGUCUUAAACAAGAAGUAGAAUCUUUUUGUUAUCAAAUUGUGUCUGAAUCAAAUGAUCAAAAGGUUGGAAUAUUACAAAGCGAGGAUGAACAGUUGCAGCCUUCAGUUUCUAAAAGAUCAGAAGGUGACCUUUCCAGGGUCAAAUUUAUGUCCAAUUCCAACAAAAUAACAACAUUUAGUAAGAAACCAAAAAGAAGAAAAUAUGAUGAAAGUUAUUUGUCUUUUGGAUUUACUUACUUUGGAAAUAGAGAUGCACCUCAUGCUCAGUGUGUGUUAUGUAAGAAAAUUUUAUCAAAUAGUUCUUUGGCCCCUAGUAAGCUUCGAAGACAUUUGGAAACUAAACAUGCUGCCUAUAAAGACAAAGACAUAAGCUUUUUCAAGCAACAUCUCGAUUCACCUGAAAAUAACAAACCUCCAACACCUAAAAUUGUCAAUACAGAUAAUGAAAGUGCUACAGAGGCAUCAUACAAUGUAAGUUACCAUAUAGCCCUGAGUGGAGAGGCUCAUACUAUUGGAGAAUUGCUUAUCAAACCUUGUGCAAAAGAUGUUGUGAUGCGAAUGUUUGACGAACAGUAUAGUAAAAAAAUAGAUGCAGUACAACUAUCAAAUAGUACUGUUGCACGUCGAAUUAAGGAUCUUGCUGCUGACAUUGAAGAAGAGCUUGUUUGUAGACUGAAAAUUUGUGAUGGGUUUUCACUGCAACUAGAUGAAUCAGCUGAUGUUUCAGGACUUGCUGUGCUGCUUGUGUUUGUUCGUUAUAGGUUUAAUAAAUCUAUUGAGGAAGACUUACUCUUAUGUGAAUCUUUGCAAAGUAAUGCUACUGGUGAAGAAAUUUUCAACUGCAUCAACAGUUUUAUGCAGAAACAUGAAAUUGAAUGGGAAAAAUGUGUUGAUGUUUGUAGUGAUGCUUCUAGGGCAAUGGACGGGAAAAUUGCUGAGGCUGUCACCUUGAUAAAAUAUGUGGCUCCCGAAAGCACCAGUAGUCACUGCCUAUUAUAUAGACAUGCACUAGCAGUUAAAAUAAUGCCUACAUCUCUGAAAAAUGUGCUAGAUCAGGCAGUACAAAUCAUCAAUUACAUUAAAGCUCGACCACAUCAAUCCAGGCUACUAAAAAUUUUAUGUGAGGAAAUGGGUGCCCAGCACACAGCACUUCUUCUGAAUACAGAAGUGAGGUGGCUUUCCCGAGGUAAAGUUCUUGUAAGACUUUUUGAGCUUCGUCGUGAACUAUUGGUUUUCAUGGAUUCUGCUUUUCGACUGUCUGACUGUUUAACAAAUUCAUCUUGGCUGCUAAGACUUGCAUAUCUUGCAGAUAUUUUUACUAAAUUAAAUGAGGUUAAUCUAUCAAUGCAAGGGAAAAAUGUAACAGUUUUUACAGUAUUUGAUAAAAUGUCAUCAUUGUUAAGAAAAUUGGAAUUUUGGGCUUCAUCUGUAGAAGAAGAAAACUUCGAUUGUUUUCCUACACUCAGUGACUUUUUGACUGAAAUUAAUUCUACAGUUGAUAAAGAUAUUUGUAGUGCCAUUGUGCAGCAUCUAAGGGGUUUGCGCUCUACUCUGUUAAAAUAUUUUCCUGUAACAAAUGACAAUAACACUUGGGUUAGAAAUCCAUUUACAGUAACUGUUAAACCAGCCUCAUUAGUAGCACGGGACUAUGAGAGCCUGAUUGAUUUAACAUCUGAUUCUCAAGUGAAACAAAAUUUCAGUGAACUUUCACUAAAUGAUUUUUGGAGUAGCCUAAUUCAAGAGUACCCAAGCAUUGCGAGGCGAGCGGUUCGUGUACUUCUUCCUUUUGCUACAAUGCACCUGUGUGAAACAGGAUUUUCAUAUUAUGCUGCAACAAAAACGAAAUAUAGGAAAAGACUUGAUGCUGCACCUCAUAUGCGGAUUCGACUUAGCAACAUUACACCUAAUAUUAAGCGGAUAUGUGAUAAAAAGACACAAAAACACUGUUCUCAUUAAAAUUAGAGGGUUUUUGCAUGUCUCUUGAUAACCAAAUAUAAGAUGAAAAUAAAAGAUGAUUUCAUCUCUGGUA